AAAGUUUGCAUUUUGUGGUCAAUUACUAAAGUCUCGUUCUUUGAUCAGAAGAUAAAUUAUUGUUCUUGCUUAGGAAUCGUGGGUUUUGCUUGUGUAUUAAGAAUUAAUCAAUGAUCGAUGAUUGAUGUGGAUACUGUUUUAUUGCUAUAUGCUCUGUUUCUUUGCUAAGAAAUCAUGGAAAACGAAAUUUCAACCAUUUAUAAAAGUAUUAUCUAUCCAUAAAGGGUGGGCCUUUUAGAGAGUUUUUGCCUGUUCGAGAAACAAGCCGGUCAAAUUAAUCGACCUUUUUUUUUUUUUUUAACUCUGGUCUAAGUCAAUAAAUGAAUGCUUCCAUCUUUGAAAUUUAGUAUCCUACUGGAAAAACUGUACUUGGGAAAUUGCAUGGUCGGUCUUUGUAGAUUAUUAAGAAGAAGAAACAAACCAAAAAGUCUUCUUUUUUUGUAUAUCAUUCUCUAUCCUUGUGGGGAUCAAUUUCACUAGUACUCUUAAGAAAUUGCUCUCUGGAUUUGUUUGUUGUUGCAUUUGGUUGAAGCUGUUCCAUUUGAUCAAACGAUAUGGACUUCAAUCAAAAAGCUCAUCCGGAUUGUGUAUAUUCGGAUAAUCCUUUCCAUGAAUGUGCUUCAGCUUGUUUAGAGAAAAUUGCUCAAGGCCAUGUCAAGAAGAACACUAAGAAGCAGAGUACUUCUUCAAGACUUCUUAGCUUCUCAGCGAGUUUCGGUAGGAAAAACAAGCAGUCAAAUUCACAACCGCCUUCACCGCUACCCGUAAGCCCUCAUAAAACUGGUGGAGGUGUUUUUGCAAACGGUAACUCCCCAAAGGGUCAUCAUGCAGUAGUUCCACCUGUUGCUGUGAAGAAGAAGACUGUUUCUGAAACGAAAAAGUCUUUCUCUUCUUCAUCAUCUGGUGACCCUGAGGAUUUUUUCAACCAUAAACCAGAGAACAAACCCUCUCAACUUAUUCCACUUUCCUCAACCAAUUUGGUUGAUGAAAGCAAAACGGUGUCACCUACACCGGGACUACAAGAACACAACGGGAAGACUGGAGGAGGUGCCGUGACUAGAGUCUUUAGUUUCCUAAGCCCUGAAAGAUCGCAGGAGAAAGAGAGCAAUGAUGAUUAUACUGAUGAUGAUGAUGAUGAUGAUGAUGAUGAUGAUGAUGAUGAUGAAGAAAACAACAAUGAGAUUGGAGUAGAGCUUGAUCUUGAAUCAGUAAUGUCUGACAGUUUUGUCUCUGUCGGGAAAUACCGAGUAAGAUCGGGAUCGUCCACUCUCCUAAGUGCUAUCAUCGAGAAACACGGAGACAUUGCUCAAAACUGUAAGCUGGAAUCGGACUCAAUGCGGUCCCGGUACCUCGAGUGUUUAUGCUCAUUGAUGCAGGAACUAAGGUCAACCUCGGUGAGGCAGUUGACCAAAGUCAAAGUCAAAGAGAUGCUAGCGGUUCUCAAAGAUUUGGAGUCCGUGAACAUUGAAGUGGCAUGGCUACGUGCGGUUCUUGAAGAGUUUGCACGGUCUCAAGAAGAUGCAGAAAAAGAGAAAGAGAGGCAGGAUGGUUUAGUGAAGGCUAAGAGAGAAGAGCUUGAGGCUCAAGAAGCGGAUUUGGUUAGGAUGGAGAAGGAAGUGGAGGAAGCGAGGAUGCGUAUUGAGGAGACACGGGCUCAGAUGGUCGAGGUGGAGAUGGAAAGGUCAAGGAUGAAGAAAAUGGGAUUCAAAUUGGAGAAAUUUAAAGGGAAAUCGUUUAUAGACGAGCUUCUCUGAGUUUGUGUUGUGUGGGAUGUUUGUUGAUAGUAAAGUUACUAAGUAAAGUAGUAACACAAAAAUCGAAAUACUCUAAUAAAUGAGUUUUAAAGGUUAGGAUUUUGGAAAAGCUGGUAUUUAUCUCGUAACUUAUAGUUAUAUGUUUAUAAUAUUUGGUUGUUGCUAGUAAAUACGUUUGGCUUUGUAUAUGCAUUGUUCUUUGA